UCGCUUUCGCAUCGCCCGCAUGUGCAUCUCGUCCGCCACGGGCCACAGCCGGCCUCACUCCGCAAGUCCGCGACCAUGCGGUGCACCCUCUCCGCCCCUCUCCGGCGCUGUCUCUCCUCCACCGGCGCCGCCGAUCCUAGCCUAGUCUCUUCAGCUGAGCAUGCGUACCGGCUCCUCCGCCGCCACCACUCCGACCCGCAGAGGCUCUCCGCCGCGCUGUCCGCGUCGGGUCUCGACGCCUCCUCGCCGCACCUCCUCGACGCCGUCCUCCGCCGCUGUGGCGCUGCCUCCUCCCUCGCGCUGCACUUCUUCCACUGGUGCUCCCCGUCGCUGCCCUCGCCGCUCCCGUCCUCCCUAGCGCUCCUCGCCAAGUCCUUCUCCCGCGCCUCCUCCGCGCCGUCCCCGUCCCUACUCGCGCCGCUCCCCUCUCAACUCCUUGGCCCCUCCCUCCUCUGCCCCGUCCUGCGCCGCCUCCCGCAACCGCGCCUCCUGCCGUUCGCGCUCUCACUACUCUCCGCCCGCCCCGACCACGACCAGCCCGCCCUCUUUCUUUCCCUCCUCGAGUCCCUCUCCAAGGCCGGCCACGUCCUCACCGCCGAGCAGCUUGUCGAGGAGCUCCAGCCCCGGCUCCCGCUUUCGCUCCGCCACUAUACGGCCUUGCUCUACGGAUGGUGCCGUCAGGGCAAGCUCGACGAGGCCAAGCACGUGCUCGCUCGCAUGAAGGCUGCGGAUGUUGCCCUUGACGUCGUCGUAUUUAACACCCUGCUCGCUGGCUUCGUCGCGGAAGGGAGAUUCGAGGACGCGUUCGAGCUGGCGGGGCAGAUGGAGCAGCGUGGCUGUCCACCGAACGCGGUGUCGUACACCACCCUGAUUCAGGGGCUUGGCGCGAGGGGGAGAGUUGAUGAGGCCAUGCGCGUGUUUGUGGAAAUGCGAAGGAAGGGGUGCGCGCCCGAUGCUGUCACGUACGGCACCCUGGUUAACACGUUUUGCAAGGCUGGCAAGAUAUCCCAGGGGUACGAGUUCUUGGAUGCUAUGUCGAGGGAUGGCCUGCGGGUGGACGCUGCCGUGUACCAUGGUUUCUUUGUAGCACACGAGAAGAAGGAGCAGCUUGAGGAGUGCUUGGAGCUGAUGGAGAGGAUGCGGGAGUGCCGGUGUCCACCAGAUCUCAAGAUAUACAAUGUGGUGAUUCGGUUGGCCUGCAGGCUUGGGGAGACCAAGCAAGCCAUGACAUUGUGGAAUGAGAUGGAAAGUGCUGGGCUCAGUCCUGUGGUCGAUACAUUUGCUAUCGUGGUGAGUGGCCUUGUUGGGCAGGGUUUGCUGAUUGAGGCAUGUAGUUAUUUUAAAGACAUGGUUGGGAGGGGGCUCUUUGUGGUACCGCAAUAUGGGGUGCUGAAGGACCUCCUCAAUGCGUUGGUCAGAGAUGAGAAACUUGAGCUUGCAAAGGAUGUUUGGAAAUGUAUUGUGAGCAAAGGCUGUGAGCUCAAUGUGAGUGCAUGGACUAUCUGGAUUCAUGCACUGUUUGCGAAGAAACAUGUCAAGGAGGCCUGCCUGUAUUGCUUAGACAUGCUAGAGGCAGGACUGAUGCCACAGCCUGACACAUUUGCAAAGUUGAUGAAGGGGCUGAAGAAGUUGUACAACCGUCAGAUUGCUGCUGAGAUUACUGAGAAGGUUAGGAAGAUGGCGGAGGAGAGACAUGUUAGCUUUAAGAUGUAUAAGAGACGUGGGGUGAGGGAUCUUGAAGAGAAACUCAAGGCAAAGAGGAGAGGACAGAAAAAGAGGCAUCUGCGGCAGCCUGGUCAUGGUCAGUCUAGUAGGGAUGCUGGCAAUUUGGAUGCUUCUGAUGAAGUAGAAUUUUCCGGCUAAUUGAAAUAGAAUUCAUUGGGGGCAAUGCAUCUCUGUUCAUUUGAAUUGUUUUGGGGAGUGAUAGACUUACUAAACAAUAAAGGAGUGCUGGUGAUCAUGCCUUGCCAUCAUAAUAUUAUUCUUAUGCUAAAGAUGUAUUGGGUUUCAGGCAAGAGCCAAGUGGUACAUCGAUUACAUGUGAAGUUGUGUGCCAAGAGUUACUGACCAUGAGGAGGGGACUUUCUGAUGGAACCUCCAGUAAUUCAUCUCAUUAGGGAGAUUUCGUCGAAGACUGUCACUACACAUUAAACGUCUAGCUCUAACUUUUUUCUCAACGCACAUGAGAGCUAUACAUCAUUAUAUUAUGAAGAAAAGAAGAUUCAAAGUAGACUAAUACAUUAUUUUAUUUUUUAUUUUUAUACAUACGUAUUUGUCAUACUCUCAAAUGUAUUGUAUAUAUUUUAGUUUUGUUAAACCGGUUAUUUAAAGUAUUUAAAUGGAUAAAAGAUCGUUUAGAGAAACUAUAUAUAGAGAAUCUAGUAGCGUUCUCUAAAUUUAGAGGAUCAUUUAGAGGACGCUGCUAAAUAGUGUAGAGACGUGUUUGAUCCCCUACAUUUAGGGUAUAAGAGCUUUUAAAGUAUUUUGUUGGAGUUGUUUUGUUUUUUCACUGGCCAGACGUUCUAUCAACGUCACUUUUUUUAUCCACACCGUCUGAUCCCAUAUCAACGGCGCUCAGCCCCGCGGUUUGUCUCCCCCCACACGAAUCUUGUCUCCGUCGGCUUCUCGAAUCUCGAUGCCUCUAGAUUCUUCUCCUCCACUCGUCCUCCCGGACGCCAUUCCCACCCGCGCCCUCGGCUUGUCUCUCCGUCCCCGCUUCACUGCAUGCAUCCGCUGGUGGAACCAGGGCCCAACCUGCCUGGGGACGUGCCCGGGCUUGGCUUCGUUGGUGGUCGUGUGGAUCCCUGCGUUAGCUGCGCAGGUUGCCCCAUGUCCGCACCCUCCGACCUAAAUCUCGCUCAUGUCGUCCGGUGCCAUGCGACUCGCUGUUGUGCGCUCAGGUGCCCAACGCGGCGUGAUGAGACCGGCAACGUGGCUGGACCGGCGACGCGGCUGCGUGGCAGAUACAUGUGAGCAUGGGCACUGUCGCCACCUACUCGACCAGGGGCUGCUCCUCCCCAUCUCACGUGGAACUCCUCCCUUGGUUGCUUCUCAACCGCAUCAGCGAGGAAAACAAGCACAGAACUAUGCACACUUGUUCUAGCAUGAAUGGAGGUCGCCAAGAUGGAUUUGGCAAACUUCAUGGUGGAUACUAGAGACGUACACCAAGAAGAAACUCACGCUCAGCAAAGUCAUUGUCGCAAGGUGUUGCUAGGGACAACUUCUAUUCAAUGUUUCACAUUACCCAGAGAGGAGGAAAUUCUCAAAAGAGGAAUACAAAGCAUUCACGAGAGAGAUGAAUAAAGCUAUGAAGCAGCUGUUGUCGUGACCGGAUUUCAACAGGUGGGCGUUGGCUAACGCGGACAUGAUAUCUGUGUGGCUCUGCCAGGAGGAAACUACAGCAGCAGCAACAGCAACCAACAGCGGCAUCGUUUCUUGGGACUAUUUUUGAUCUGCAUGUGUGUAGUGUGCUUUCUUAGCAGCAAUAGGAGUGCUCCCUACUCAGUCAUUUCAUGUGAGUUGAUUAGCAAGGGUAGGGUAACAUCUGAGUGUUCCACAUUAUGAAGUGGCAGCAAAUAUGUAGAAUAUUGUAGUUUAGUGAGUCACAUCUUAGGUCCAAAAAGUCCAAACAGCAUCUGAAUCUUGUAACAUUCAGUGCUAAGGUGAGUGAAUCUCAAUUUGUUGAGUUGUAUAUCAUGCUUGAUCAUCAUGAGGAUAGAAUGAACGUAUUUAAGUGUUUCUAGGCCUGCAUAUGAAGCAAGCUGUGGCAUAUGAAGCAAGCUGUGCUGAAGUGUCGUGUGUAGUAAUUUUAGUAAUUAGUGUUUGUAGCUGGGUCAUACGAUGGAUACUAUUCUCAUUUCCGUCAGUAAACUAAUACAAUCUAUUCUUGUCUCUA